AUGGCACGAAAAGGAAAUCCGAUUUCGGUAAGACUUGAUCUGAAUCGUAGUUCAGAUUCAAGUUGGUUUAAUGAUUAUUAUUAUGGUAAAUUAGUAUAUCAAGAUCUCAAUCUGAGAUCUUAUGUUGGUUCAAUACGUCCACCUACGAGACUUACCUUUGGCUCUCGGCCCGGUAGGUGUAUUAUUAUACAUUGUCAAAAACGAACGUUCAUUAAUUUCUUUCUUAAAUUUUUUUUUAUCCUAUUAAUUUCUUGUUUAGUUCUUGCUGUUGUCUCUUGCCUGAGUUUACUUCUUGGAUUUGGAUGGAGUUUUUCAUUUAUUCUUUCUAAAAUCGCCUUCAUGAUACUAGGCUCGGGGCUCCAUGUAGUAUUUAGGCGCUUGGGAUGGGCUUUCCCUGCCUUGCUUACAUCGUGCUCCAUGUAUAUGGUCGGAGCAUCCGGGGAUGCCCCCUUCGACUUGAAUAAUCCACCGGAGACGGAUGCUGCUGCUUCCGGGGAUGCGCCUUUCGACUUGAAUAAUCCACCGGCACCGGAUGCUGCUGCUUCCGGGGAAAGAAAUCUCCCGUGGAGGACCUGGUCCGCCAGCCAGAUCAAGUUCGAAAGGGCGGGGGAGCUGACCAAAAAGGCGGAGGAGCUGACCCAAAAGGCGGAGGAGCUGACCCAAAGGCACAAAUCCUCCAAAACUACAGCUCCCGGAAGCAGCGGGAGAAAGGGAAUCGCCUUUCUCGGUUAUGUAUUUUAG